GAGAUAGUGGUGUUCUAAUUGAAAACCCUCCCCCUCCCCCAAAUCCAGCGAGUCCUUCCCACCACGCUCAAAGCCUUCACGUCGAAACUUCUCCCGCGAUCUCCUACCCACAGAUAUAAACACAUAUCAAAGGCGGAAAUGGCCGAGCCGCCUACAAAACGCGCUCGUCGCACAGAUAGCGCCCGCAUGUGGGAGAUCAGCGAUAAGCGAAGGUAUUCACCCGAGUUGGAUCAGGAGCGCGAUGGACCGUCUGCACGGGACCACCGCAAGGAGGAUGCGCGACGGGGAGACUCGAUAGAUGACAGACGGUACCGGUCUCGCUCGCGAGAUCGGAAGAACCCACAGAAGGAGAGGAGCCGAUCGAGGGACCGACGCGAUCGUGAUCGGGACAGGAGGGAUACCAGACACCGAGACGGAUGGAGGGACCGAGAGAGAAGCGUCAGCAGUGAUAGGCAUCAAGACCGACGCGGAUAUCCCAAGAAAGCCGAUCGAUUUCGGUCACGCUCGCCCAUCCGGAAUGGUACGAGGGAUAGAUCUCGAACCCCCCCGUCUCGGACCUCGAAGAUAGAUCGCAGAGAUGAUCGCAGAGACACCCGUACACGAGACGGACGGCCCUCCAACGGCGCUCCCUCUUCGCCGAGGCCUCAGGACGAGAUGGAUGUGGACGAGAACGGCGACGAUGACUUUGAAGAGCUGAUGCGCAAGAAGAUGGGGUUCUCUCGUUUCAGAAGCACCAAGAACACCAAGGUGCCGGGCAACAACAUCUACGGCGUCCGCAAGGAGAAGAAGACAGAGUACCGACAGUACAUGAACCGUACCGGCGGUUUCAACCGGCCCCUCAGUCCUUCGUGACGAAUAUUAUCCUCUACGCUCUUCGGUUGGCUUCUUCCCAGAUAUCCUCACUUUUCAGAUUUCGCAUUACAUACAGCAUAUUCGAGGCGCAUCAGUGGUGAUUUGAUUUGAACCUUUUUUUCUCUUUUUAAUUUUUCUCCCCUCGGUUUAAUAUCGGGCUGUAUGUACAAAUUGAGCCAAUCUACCAUGAUAUCGUGCACUCUCCUCCCUGGAAUAACUCUCGGUAUGGCUACAGCGCCAG